AUGGAAACAACAAGGAAGCCGAUCCGGAUUCGUGGUCGUGAAUAUGACAAAAAUUUAUUCAUUGCCCGUUGCUUUUACCUGAGCUAUUUUGCUUCAUAUGGAUCACUGUUCCCGCUACUGGCAAUCUACUUCAAACAACUGGGAAUGUCAGCAGCUCAGGCUGGACUUUUGACCGGUUGUCGACCAUUUGUUGAAAUUAUUUCUCGCCCUUUUUGGAGCAGUUUCGCUGGUCGUUUUAAAAAGGGUAAAGUUUUAUUGCUGUUUUCAAUAGUUUCAUAUAUUUUAUUCACAUGGGCCAUUGGUUCCGUGCAACCGGAUACGCCAUUCUGUGUUACAAAACCAGAGAAUUCAAGUGGCUGUUUCAAGCUGACAGAAGCUGGUGAGGUUGCUCAUGGAGCGCUUUUUAACGCUAUGGAUGCGCUAACCAAAGGAACUUAUGCCAAAGAGGACCGAAUUGUUGAUAUCAGUUUAGUGGACAAAAAAACCAUCAUUACUCCAGGGCUAGCACCUGAUGUGAUUACCAAAAGCAUGGUAUGUGAUUACGAUGAAAGAAUCAAUGGUGUAUUAGUGAGCCCACCUCACAGCACCAGAAUUUACCUCAAAACACGUGUUGAACAGGCAUUUUUACUUUUGUUGCUUUUGGUGAUACUCAGUGAAUUUUUUGGAUCUCCUGCCCUCGCUCUAGCUGACGGUGUCACACUGAACCAUGUUGCUGACCAACCAAAAAAGCUUGGGCAAAUCCGUCUAUUGGGCAGCGUUGGUUGGGGUCUUGCAAUGUUUGUUAUGGGUAUAGUGCUGGAUUAUUCAGACACGUUCCAAAAUCAUCCGUGUCCGACACGUAACACAACUGAACGGAACUAUACUGUUUGUUUCGUUGCCUGUACAUUUUUCAUGUUUCUCGCUCUUAUAUCAGCAAUGGCUUUUCAAAUGGAUAAGGAGCAACUACCUGAAGAAGUCACUUUUGCAGUGACUGAUUCACGGGCUGAUGAAGUAGCUCCAGCGGUGGCACAAAAAGCUAGAACUAGGCAAAUUCAGACAACUCCGUCCGAAGGUUCACUAUGGAUACCAACAGUAAAGGCAUUAUUUCAAGGUCAUGCCUUACUGUAUAUGCUUUCUGUAAUGACCAUAGGUGUUGGGGCUGGCAUUAUAUUCGCCUUUCUAUUCUGGCAUCUUCAAGAUUUUGGUGGUUCACCAGUUCUUUUCGGUGUUGCGUCGGUCAUUAACCACGGCUCUGAGAUAGCUGCUUACUUUUAUUGUUAUGAAUUCAUAAACAAAUUUGGCCACCUCAAACUGAUGUACGUCUGCCUUGCGGCCAAUAUUUUCCGAUUUCUGAUUAUCAGCUUGCUGACAAAUCCGUGGAUGGUCCUGCCACUGCAAGCCAUUCAGGGAGUGACACUGGCAACCGUUUGGGCUGCAGCAUCGUCAUAUAUCUCGCUGAUCGCGCCGCCCCAAUUAAAAAGUACCGCUCAAACGCUGCUAGCUUUCGUCUACCACGGUAUUGGGAAAGGACUUGGCAGCAUAAUUGGAGGAUUUAUUAUUUCCUCUUUUGGUACCAGAGUUACUUUACAGCUAUACGCUGCAGCCACUGCAGUUGUUUUGGGGAUCAGCUACGCUAUUAAUAGAUUCCUACGUUACGAAGGUGUCAAGUAUAGCCAAAAUGGUUUCGACGAUGAGGAAUUCGGAGGAGCUCUAGUGCCCAUCCUGACCAUAUAUGCACCUCUCGUUUCAGCUCCACAAGGCGUUCCUGUCCAGUGUGGCGAAAACAAACUCACAGAAGCAUUUAACCAGACUUCUGCAGCCAACGCCAACUAUGGCGCCAUCGACUCAGACACCACCCAAGAAGCUUACGAUCGCUACGUCCACUCACCAUAUGACUAA